GUCGGCGGCCCCGCUUGAACAGUUUCGUUCGUGUGUUUCGUGUUGUCGGACGCCCGUCGUCGUUGUUGUCCGUUUUGUUUCGUUUAUCGUCGUCGCGUCAGUCGUCGUAGUUUUUUUUACCGUCACGCAAACGAUUUUAAUUUUUCGAUCGAACGGUGAAUGUGUUUUUUGAUUGUGCCAUCAUAAAUAAAAGCCGAAUACCGAUAAAGUGCUGGAAAUAUAAUAUUGACAUUCAAUAAUAUCGUGUCUUUCUCCGUACUCGCAACUUUUGGAUUAUAUCUCGCUAGUGGAGAAAUCACCGAAACGUGGAAUAUUCACCAAAAAAGGAUCCGAGUGAGCACUGCACGCGCGUUUUAUUCAUGCGUGUGACCUAGUAGUGGAAGGGACUCCUCUUGCGUAUGAUGUAAAAAACCAAGUGGACCGGACACGAAGAGUAUAUACACCCGUUCGGGAGAACCAUGUGUGGUCAGGGUAGAAACCGGCCUGGACCUGUGGCCAUGUUUACGUUACUGCUUGUACUCGUCAACGUCCAAGCAGGUUUCGGGUCUUCGUCGGAAACCGGUGGCGGAGGUGGAGAAGUCGACGAGGGGUCGUACUUGCCGGGUGGUGACACUCUCAUGCACCCGGUGACGGCGUCCAGUUUGGACGCUCCCGUCCAACUUCCGAUAUUCCUCGAAGAACCGAUGGAUGCGUACGUGAUCAAAGGUAAACCAGCCUCGCUUACUUGCAGGGCGGCUCAUGCGUUGACCGUACACUUCCGAUGCAAUGGCGACCGGAUUGAAGAUACUAUGGGUCCUGUAGUAACCGACUUCGUGGACCCGCAGACCGGCGUCCGGAACGUGGAGGCUAUUGUAAACAUCACCAGGAACCACGUAGAAGAGUAUUUCGGAAAGCACAACUAUCAGUGUCAAUGCGUGGCUUGGACUUCGCGCGGAGAGAUCAUUAGCAGACCAGCCAACGUGGUCGUAGCUUACCUGAAAAAACCGUUCACGUCAGUUCCGUAUUCAGUGAGUGUGGAAACGGACCGAAACGUUGAGCUUCGAUGCUUGCCGCCGGAUGGUGUUCCACCACCCCGGGUGUAUUGGUUGCGGAACAACGUGCCGAUCGAGCCAGACAAUAACAUGAUCGUGUCCAGCGAAGGAAACCUGUUGAUCGGCCAGGCUCGACUACAGGACACGGCCAACUACACGUGCGUGGCCGAGAACGUGGCGGCCAAGAGGCUCAGUGACCCGGCGUUACUCACAGUCUAUGUGAACGGAGGCUGGUCGCCGUGGUCACAGUGGUCCGAAUGCAGUUCCCGGUGCGGCAAAGGGCAGCAGAAAAGGACCAGAGUGUGCAACAACCCGGUGCCGCUCAACGGGGGCAAACCCUGCCCAGGGUCGGCGGUGCAUAAGGCCGAGUGCACUUCGAUCUGUCCGGACGGCGAAUACAGUGACACCGUAGCCGAAGAAGCCGUCGACGGUCAUUGGUCGGCGUGGUCGUCGUGGUCGCCGUGUGGUCCGGACUGUCGUCAUCAUCGAACCAGAACUUGUACCUCCCCGAGCCCUUCGAAUGGAGGAAGAUACUGUGUAGGUCGAGACUCGUCAACUGGAAACUGUUCAGGAGGAUCUUGUAUCGGUGGCAGAGAUGACCCUGUGAAUUAUGAUGAUGAACAAUUCACCGAGGAAGCGGCUACUAAAUCGGCGGUGGAGACAGAUGUGGCACUGUACGUGGCACUCAUAGCCGCCUCCGUACUGCUUGCUGGCAUGGUACUGUUGUUCCGACUGUACAAGAACAAAGGCCGGGAUCACAGCAUGUACAACAUGGCCAACUCGGAUUUUCAACCGGAAUUCUUCCCGGAUCAAGAGAAAAAGACUUACUCUCUGGAAUGCCAUUCACGGAACGGUGGCUGCAACCAUUUCCAGCAAACGCAACCAGAUCUAACCAGAACCGUAGUAGUGGUACCGUCGUGCUACGAGUACCCGUUUACCAAUGACCAAAAUGCGUACAGCUUGACUAGGUCUUGCUCGGAACACCAUUAUGACGUGCCUCAUCACAAUGCAGGUGGCGGUGGCAGUUCAACGGUUACUACGGCCAUCAUGGCACCGCCGGUUCCGUCUGUGGCCCCAGACAGUCCGAACGCGCUCUCGUCUAGUCCCGAAUCUAGUCACAGCUUGACCAGCUAUACUUGUUCGAGCAAGUCCCAGUCAGACUCAAGUGGCAUGGCGUGCCAUUGCAAAGACUACUUGUGGAUGAAAGAGACUGCUGUGACGUCGACAGGUUGUCGUUUAGAGUGCAAAGAAUACGGGUUGUCGCUGACUAUUCCCGAAGGAGCCGUCGCUAAGUCUCAAAAGGAACCCGUACUGUUUGCCUUAUUACAGGACGAGUACAAGCCGAUACUCUCCGACGGGCAAACGCAGUUAAGUCCGGCGGUGAUGUGUGGCCCUAACGGAAAGAGCUUCAAGAAACCAGUAAUCGUCGGAAUGCGACACUGUGCAAGUCUGAUGCAAGGGCCCUGGGUGAUUUCGGUGCUGAGUUGUGACAUGCCCUUGGGCACGAAACCUAAAUGGAAGAAAAUUCUGACGUUGGGAGAGGAAACGAUCAAUACAUCAGUGUUUGUGCAAAUGGAUGCAGAACACGUGUAUCUGAUGAGCGAAACGCUGUCAAAGUUUGUGUUGGUUGGCGAACCGGACGUGACGGUAGUUAGCAGUCCGCCCGCCAAGACGCUUAAAGUGGCCCUGUUUGGAUCGCUGAAUCGAAAGUUUAAGUACGACAUCCGGGUUCACGUGGUCGACGAUAACGGCGUGGCUUUAGAGCGGCUGAAACACCAUGAACGCAGUGUCAGUGGAGGCGUUAUGUUAGACAAAUCCAAGUCUAUAUGCUUUCAAGAGGGUGGCGGCAACCUAGUGGUUACCGUAGACGACAUUGGCGCCAAUUGGAGGAGUAAACCCCAAGACAAUUAUAAGGAGAUCCCUUUCCAGACCCUGUGGAACUCAGGCGGCCUUGCGGUGUUCUCACUAGAGCCGUACGAACAACAGUACCCGGACUCGUGGGUGAACGUUUCAUGUAGAGUGUGCGUAUCGCAAACUGCAGCCACUGGGUCGCUGCGUAACGUUAAGCACACAUUCAAGGUGAACCAGGACCCGAACAGCCUGUCAUCCGUCGGCCAUCAGCCUAGACAGCCGAGGACAGUGACCAGCACUACAGGCAGUGGAUCUAGCGUCACGUCGUGCGAUCCAACGCCAUUUCGAUUCAGUAAAGUCUUACGUAAGCAACUCUGUCAAUGUUUAGAUCCACCAAAUUCUAGGAGCAACGACUGGAGGAUGUUGGCCCAACGGCUCUCCAUGGACAGGUACAUUAACUAUUUCGCGGUCAAGCCCAGUCCCACCGACCAGAUAUUGGACCUGUGGGAGGCCCGACACAGGGAGCCCACGUCCGUCACGGACCUGUUGAACGUGCUGAGACUGAUGGGACGCACGGACGCCGCCUCGCUGCUGGAACGCGAACUAGGCCCGUGGCUGUGAGCAGCACCGGGAGCGGCAGCGGGCUACGCUCGUCCCCGGCCGCCGACACCGACGCCACCACCACCGCCACCAUUAGCAGUUCCUACGACGCAUAUUUUUUUAUAAGUCUCCACGCCAUGCGAUUUAGUUUCUUUAUUUUAUGUUAUUAUAAAAGUUUUUUUUCUUCAAAAUUUUAUGUGUACAUUUUCUUGUUUUUGUUUGUUCAUUAUAUUUUUUAGAUAAAAAAAAAAAUUGAAAAAAAAAUGCUAAAAAUUAUUGAUGAAUAACAUUAUCACCGACAAUCAAAAAGUUAUUAAUAUAUAUAUAUUAUAUUUAUGAACAAUAUGUGUGUAUGUAUAUUAUUAUAUUAUUGAAGCGCGCGUUUUAUCGUUAUAUUAUAUUAUAUUAUUUUCUUCUCUCUUCGGUUCGUUUAUGGAUAGAUAAUAUCUUACCAAUACAUGAUAUACAUAUAUUACAGUAUAACAAAAAAUGUUAUUGACUCGUAGGUAUUUAUUGUCAAAACACGCGUUAGAUUUUAACAUUAAUAAUAUAAUAUGUGUAUUUUUUUUUAUAUUUUCCAUACUAGGUAUACCUAGUACCUACCUAAUAUUAUUUUGAAAAAAAUUUGAGUCCCGGAUAAAAGACUAUAUUUUAGUGAUAGAUUAUCUGUGAUAAAACAUUAAUUGACGAAUGAACGAAAAAAAAUUAAGCGGAACUCCAUAAUAAUAAUAAUAAUACGAUGAUUAUGAUGAAAUCAUACAUAUAUUUCUGGAAAAAACAAUAAAUUCUCAUAUCCGUUUAUAUGAUAAAUACAUAUUAUAUAAUAUUAAUUAUUAACGCCGUUAAAAAAUAAUAUAAUCGCUCCAUUGAUUUAUUUUCUUUCCUAUCGCUAUAUCGUAAUACGCGUUUUUGCAGCGCACUUAAACCGUACCAUAAUAAUACACUUAAAACUAUAUACAUAAACAUAUUCAAUAUUGUGUAAAUUAACUGAUUUGAUAUUAUAUAAAUAUGUAAAACAAAAAAUGUGUAAAACUAAAUCUAAUAUGUAUAAUACAUUAAUACUUUAAACAUCUAUAGUACCUAUAGACUAUAUACGUUAUACAUUAUAUAUAUUAUUAUGUACACGCGCGGUUACUUGUAUUUACGACGUGUACACAGAAUAUAUAUAUCUAUACACGUAUAUUAUAAUAUUACACAUACGAAACAAAGACUAUUAUAUUAUAUAUAUUUAUAUACAUUAUGAAUGUAUAUUUAUUAAAAAUAAUAUUUUCGCGUAUUCGCGUUGUAUUUUUGUGUUUAUAUAAUUUAAUUUGUAAAUAAUUGUACCGAUUAUGUAUAUUUAAUCAGCUAUAUAUUAUUAUUAUUAUUAUUAUUAUUGUAUAUUGUUGACGACUCACUAGUUUUCAUUUUAUUACUGCCUAUUAUUAUUAUUUAUUUAUUCUAUUAUUAUUAUUAUUAUUAUUACUAUUAUUAUUAUUAUGAUUUAUGAUUAUAAUAUUAUGAUUGUGCAACGUCGUGACCAACGGCGGUCGUCAAACGAUAAAUUAGGUACAUCUAUUAUACUUAUACCUAUACAUUAUAUGUAAUUAUUUAUAUAUAUGCGUGUGUGUGUAGGUAUACCUAUGAAAAUAAUAAUAUUUUAUUUUAAUGAAAACGUGUAAAAAAGAAAAAAUGUAGUGUUAACGUGCUGAGCCAAUGAUUUAGUUGAUUUUUUUAUAUAUAUAUAUAUGUGUAUAUAUAGUCCAUUGGACUUUUAACGAGAAAUAAAUAAACUGAAUAUAAAAUGUUUGUUAUAGUGGACAAUAA